AUCACAGAAAGAGCCGGGGACAGGCUUGCUGUAACCAGUGCAGAGGUGCAACCCAAGAGCUAAUUACUAAACCCUGAACAGCUUGCAAGACCAUGUCCCAACAUCACUGGGGAUAUGAGCCGGGCUUAAACGGGCCAGAUAGCUGGUAUAAGGCUUUUCCUAUUGCCCUUGGAAAACGACAGUCUCCUGUGGAAAUUGAGUACUCUAAAACGCAGUAUGACGAUGCUCUGAAACAUUUGGAGUUCUCCUAUGACCCUUCUACUGCUAAGAGGAUCGUCAACAAUGGUCACUCUUUCAACGUUGAGUUUGAUGAUUCCGCUGAUAAAUCAGUGCUAAAUGGAGGACCCCUGAUGGGGAACUACCGGUUGGUCCAAUUUCAUUUUCACUGGGGCUCCAGCGAGAGCCAGGGCUCCGAGCAUGUUUUGGAUGGGAAGAAAUAUGCAGCUGAGCUUCAUUUGGUUCAUUGGAAUACAAAGUAUGAGAGUUUCAAGGUUGCUGUGACCAAGGAUGAUGGACUGGCUGUCGUUGGGAUCUUUUUAGAGAUGGGAACCGCUCACCCAGGACUUCAAAAAGUUGUUGAUGUUCUGAGUAAAAUUCAAACAAAGGGUGAAGAGUCAACUUUCACUGAUUUUGACCCAACUUGUCUUCUUCCUGAGUCCUUGGAAUUUUACACUUAUCAGGGCUCACUGACUACUCCUCCUCUCUUGGAAUGUGUGACCUGGAUUGUCGUAACAAAGCCCAUCAGUGUGAGCCGGGAACAGAUGGCUAAAUUCUACAGCCUUUAUUUUACUUCUGCUGGUGAAAGUCCUGCAAAACACAUGGUGGGCAACUGGCGUCCCGUUCAGCCUCUCUCUGGCAGGACAAUUAGAAGAUCUUUCAAUUCUUGAUGUCUGAGGGCAAUGACUCUCUAGUUAAGCACAAUACCAGUCUGUACACUGGCAGCAUCUCCACUAGUCUCAGUCCUUUUGUUUUUGUACUGGAUAUUAUUUCUCAUAAAACGUAAAAAAGUUGUAGAGCAACUUAAAAUGUUCUUAAUGUGUGAACCCAAUAACCUACAAGUGCAAACCCAUGUGCAAUGCUUGGCAAAGUGACAUUGACCUGGUGCUUUGGUGAUAGCAAUGCUUUUUCUGUGACAAGGAACCAAUGAUAAGGAAUAGUAGAAUUGCUCCUUCCUUCCCAUGUAAUAGGGCACAUGAGUGAAUAGAACUAUAAACCCUAGAGCAAAGCAGAAAAGUUGAAGACAAACCUCCAACAAGUGAUUAAAUUGCAUCAAUAUAAAAGUGUAAGAAGGCAGAAUUAAUAAUAGUAAUUCCAAGAAGUUACAUUUAAGAUAUUGAUAUAUGAUUUUUAAAAAUUCUUACAUGUUUGUAGCCAUGUAAUCUUUAAACAGGGAUGAUGUUUUUGUGAAUUUUGAAUUAAGUAUUAUCUAUAAAAACAUUUUAAUUAUAGCUAUAAUACAGAUUAUAUUUCCAUUCAGAGAACAUAUAUCAUAACUUAAAGAAAAAUUAAUAUUGUAUUUUAGAUAUAUGUUGGAUAAUAAAAUAGAUAAUUAUA